GCCAUGAUCUGACAGAUUCCAACCACACAGGUUUUUUAAGGCACUGAUCACUUGAGGAGGCGAAGGAUCUUUCUUUCACAAGUUGAGACUUUGCAGCCGGUUGCAAAAGGUGCUGGAGCCGAGAGGUGGAGCUGUUUGCCCAAGGCUAGGAGAAAUUGCACAAUUUGAAGCAGGGAAAGGCUUCGGGUGGCCACAGAGCAAAGGGUGGAUUUCUGAACCUCACCAAACAAGUCCAGCUAGUCGAGGUUAAUGAUUGGCUGCAGAGACAACCAUGGCGGUGCUCAAGAUCGUCGCGCCUGUCCUCAUCGCUGUCCUCGCUUUCUAUGCCUAUACCUGGGAAAGCUUCUCCGAAGUGCAGAACAUCUGCAUCAUGGGCGGCUGAUGUUGACCAUCUCCUCUCUGUCUCCAGAAAUGGUGCGAGGGAAACGGGUCCUGGUGACGGGGUCAAGCACAGGGAUAGGGGAACAAAUGGCCUAUGAGUUCGCCUGGAUGGGGGCCCAUUUGAUGCUGACAGCGAGGAAUGAGACACGCCUCCAGAAGGUAGUCCAGAAUUGUCUGAAACUGGGAGCCGCCUCUGCUUCGUACGUCGUUUCAGAUAUGAGUGACUUGGCUUCUGCCCGGAAUGUUGUGGAAGAAACCAAGAAGGUCUUGGGGGGGUUUGAUCUGCUAGUUCUGAAUCAUGUCGGUGGAAAAAUCGGUUUUGGCCCGUACCAAGGAGACAUGGAAUCUGUGAUCAGCUCCAUGACGGUCAACUUCUUCAGCUACGUCCAGGUCACCGUGUCAGCCCUGAGCAUGUUGCAAGAGUCCCGUGGCAACAUCAUCGUGGUAUCGUCUAUAAGCGGUAUGGGCAGGCGACUGGAGGCCCCCCAGCCUAAGUGAUCUCAGGAGGUCCAAACUCUCUGAGCACAAU